GUGGCGCAACAACACAUUAUUCAGGUGGAUGCGAAAACGUAGGUCGACUUUUAUUUUUUAAUAAGCAACGGCUGCUGGAGAGAGACUGCUGAGUUAUCUGAUACAAGCUGAGUGCAGCACAGAGAAAGAAACAGCAAACAUUUGUUCAUAGGAUUAAACUAUUGUAAUAUACUUGUCUUAUUAUUAUUCUAAAAUAUAUUGAUGGUUGACAGUUUACCGGUUCCACAUAUCCUUGACUUUUAUUAUUUGCUAUCCUUAUCUGGGGAGUAGUGACUGAUGCAGAGGGGCUGUUGGUUUAUCUGAUACAGGCUGAGCUCAGCAGCUGGUGCAGCACAGAGAAAGAAAAGCUCUCAAAGUUCAAAAUAUGGAUCAGUUGUCCACAAACUUAAACCAUCCUUCCUUAUUUAAAUUUUAUUUUUUUUAUUUACUAUAAAAUCAAAAUAUUAGUAUUAGACAAUUUAGUAGGUAGUGACUCAAUUAUUUGGACCUUAUUCACCCAGAGCCAAGUUGGUUGGCUGAAGUGACAGAGUGGAGGACGGUUCAUCAGAUACCAGCUGAGAGCAGCAGAGAAAGAAACGGUUUUCUCUUGGACAAAAAAAGGUGGACUUCCAGGAACCAUCCAAUUUAUGGACUGGAAUUUAAUAGACUGAGCUUGAAGUCUGACAGAGAAGGGAGGUUCCUCUGGGUCACACCGGGCCGUGUUUUAUCCCCACACCGGAUGAAGCAGCUUCAGCAGACGCAGAGCGUGAUCCUUUGGAGUCAGACGUAACAUGCUCGGAGUCCUGGAACGUAGGAAUCUGGUGCUGAAUCGAGGAUUCGAACGCUGACGGAGAUUUCUUCUAUUCAAGUGGACUGAUUCGGUGUAGAGGUCACUGCUGCUCCAGAACAUCAUUAUGGCUCACAGUUAAUGCCUUUGAAUUUACUGACUGUCUCUGACAUUAAGAAUAUGCAAUCAGUCAAGCAAGACACUGACUCCAGUGAGACAUACAGUGGGGAUGAUGCCUUGGUGCUUGCUGUGGCUUUACACAGAUCUAACAAAAAUCUUGUACCUCACAAAAUUUCAUCAUUUCCUUUCAAGACUAAAUCUACAUGCCGCAGAAAACGCGAGUUCAUCCCAGAGGAAAAGAAAGACACCAUUUACUGGGAAAGACGACGCAAAAACAAUGAAGCUGCCAAGCGCUCAAGAGAGAAGAGACGCAUUAAUGACAUGGUCCUUGAAAACAAGCUGAUGGCACUUGGAGAGGAAAAUGCCUCCCUCAAGGCAGAACUGCUGUCUUUAAAAAUGAAGUUUGGCUUAGUUAGUUCAUCAGCAUAUGCCCAAGAAGUUCAAAAUGUAUCUAGUCCCCCCACGGUAAACUCCCAUGAAGAGUUGAUAUCUCCCACUGCUGUCCAGAGUUUAUUCCAAAGAGAUCUUGCACAUGUAGAGCUAAGCAAAAGCUGUGCAUCAGCUAUUAAACACUUACCUCUCAUGCCUGAAACAUGGGCUGCAAGUCAAGCAAGCUUUACUGUCUAUAGGACAGCAGAUUUUAAAGAAGAACCAGAAGAAAAUACCACCUGGCAGGAAACUAGUACACCAUAUAAACUUUACAAAAAUUGCAAGGUUAGCCAUUUGUCUGAUGUCUACUCUCAAGCAGCAUCAUUCAUGCAGACUGCCAGGUCAUCCAGUAACUCGCUCAGGAACUCAGAUGAAAAUUCUUUAUGCAAAGCAUCAGAUGGUGACGAUGAGCAGCAAGUCCCUAAGGGAUUGGGGCCUUCUGUAGCUGACCAAAGAAGUGUUAUUGUUUCUACUCACAAAGUGCCAGAUGUCAGUUCUUCAGCUUUGCCACAUAAACUACGAAUCAAAUCAAGAACCAUCCAAAUUAAAAUGGAGACAACUGACCCUGAAUAUGAGUCCUCUGGAAAGACUUCUUCUGCCAGCAUUUUAGAAGGAGUGUGCUUCCAGAACUCCUCAGCAUACAUGCAGCCUUCUCACUGUCCUUUGUCUGUGCAGGUGUCCAACAUGCAAGGCUGGAGCCGUGGGUCUGAAAGCAGCGUUGCUACACAGUGGCUGCCAGAAUAAACAAGUCUUAAGCUCAAUACUAGUUCAAAACCAUUGUAAAUUCCUAUGAACACUCAUAUACUGAGGAUAUCUAUCCGUAAGUGUUGGCACUGUGUCAACAAAACUGACCUCUUUGACAAAAUUAACCACAACAUAGAAAGAUUCUGAAACAAAGUUAGCCAAAAGCAUCAAUGUGUAGACUUUAUCAAAGAGAUGCUGAUGUUCAUAUCACAAUGAAUGAAAUAUGAUCUUGUUGUACUUUGGAUUUUAAGUAGUACUUGUGGCAUUGUUAACACUGAUAUCGAGUAAAUUUAAAAAAACUAAAUGUUAAAUUUUUCCCAGACUUGUGAUUUUUUGGGGAAAACACAGUUCAUUAAAAUAUGCUAAGAGUUCAGGUUUCAGGGGUUUAUUCAGGACUACACUUAGAGUUAAAUUAUUUGCCAUGUAUUGUUCUUGUUUAUUUGACAUAAACAAGAGCCUGACGUUCCUGCUGCUCAACUGGUGCAAAUCCAAAAUGUACUUGGUUAUUGGCAGAACUACAGAAGACCACCACGAUGCAGUGAGUGGUUGGCUGAUACAGCUCUUUCUCACUCCACAUGACUUCACAUAGAAACACAGAGAUUGGGCAAACAAAAUUGCUUAAGACAUAAUGAUUUAUUGUGAAACUGUAAAUUAUGUUUUUUGUUCUGAUAACAUAGUUCUAUAAUUACAUAGCUAUCAUAAAGCUCCAACUACACUCCAAGGAAUAAUUGAAUCCUUAAAUCUUCUGUGAUCUUCUGUGAUUUGACAUCUUUCUGAUACAAGUAAGGGAACUAUUACUCAUCAUAACUUCACAGAACCUCCCCUAAAAAAUUUUUUUUAAAUCCUUUAAGUCACUUUACCAAUUUAAUUGAUCAGUGUUUUGUUGCCUUUCAUAACGUUCCAUAACAUUAAUUUUGUCUGAUCACCCACUGGACAUGCCCCACCCAGGCACUGAGUAAGAAAAGCAACUCACUGAGUAAUGCUCACUGACAGCAGGUUGGAUUAAAAAUUAAUGGUAAGUGGAGGCACGUUCUCUGGAGUGAUGAAUCGCGCUUCUCCAUUUGGCAAUCUGAUGGAUGAGUCUGGGUUUGGCAGUUACCAGGACAACGGUACUUGUCUGACUGCACUGUGCCAAUUUUAAAGAUUUUUGGAGGGGGGAUUAUAGUGUGGGGUUGUUUUUUAGGAGCUGGGCUCAUCCUCUUAGUUCCAGUGAAAGGAAUUUUGAAUGCUUCAGCAUACCGAGACAUUUUGGACAGUUCCAUGGUCCCAACUUUGUGGGGACAGUUUGCAGCUGGCCCUUUUCUCUUCCAACAUGACUGUGCACCAGUGCACAAAGAAAGGUCCUUACAGACAUGGAUAGCAGAGUCUGGAGUGGAUGAACUUGACUGGCCUGCACAGAGUCCUGACUUCAACCCGAUAGAGCCAGGCCUUCUUGUCCAACAUCAGUAUGUGACCUCACAAAUGUGUUCCUGGGGGUCAAAAAUCCCCAUAAACACUCCUAAAUCCUAAACCUUGUGGACAGCCUUCCCAGAAGAUUUGAAGCUGUUUUAGCUGCAAAGGGAGGACCGAUGUUAAAUUGAACCCAGUCGGUUAGAAAUGGGAUGUCACUUAAGCUCAUAUGUGAGUCAAGGCAGGUGAGUGAAUACUUUUAGCAAUAUAGUGUAUAACAGACUAUACUUAAUAAAUACAACUGUAGAGGAUUUAUAGACACAAAUAACUGCAUAAUUUUGAGGUGAAAGCAAAACGGCUUAAAAGUAGUUCUCAAACUUAAUUCUCAAAGGUUCAAAUCUGAUUCCUGACUGAACCUGAUCAGGUUCCAGUUACGAACUAGUAAUGCACUAGUUCAUGAUUAGUUUAUAUUGCAACUUCAUAAAAGCUAGUAAUGAACAAAUACCUUUUACUGAAUUGGCUUACAAUUUACAAAUAAAGCAACAAGACCUCAUCAACUAAAACUUGUUAAGUUAUAUGAGAUGUAUUGCAUCAUAUAACAACACAUAGCAUGCUAGUUUAAUAAACUGAACUGUCUCCCUUCAAUGACCUGUCGAAACUUUGGUACCUUCUGAAAUUCCACUGUGUUCUCUAAAAUUCUGAUUUCACCAGGUCAACCCUUUUGAACUUUUUUUAAAAGUAUAAAUUAAAGUAUGAUUAAUGUAUAAAAUUUCCAGUGUUUAAUAGAAGUAUAAACUAACUUUACUGGAAUGAAAAUAAUAUCCACGUGAAGCUCUUGAACAUUUUGCCUGCCAGUAAUCACCAAACUUGUUUGAUCUGACCUUAAAAUGGAACAAAAGCCAAAGGCCUAGCAUAGAUGCUGGCAGAAACUGGUAAGGCAGUGUCAUCAUCCACAGGGAAACAUGUUCUGUACUGUCAUGGGGUGAAAAGCCACUAGGCAAGGAAGAAACCGUUACUUCAAAAGACAUAUAAAAAGCCAGAUUGCAGUUUGAAAAUGCACAGAAGGAUACAGAUCUUCAUCUUUGGAAACAUGUAUUGUGGUCUCAUGAAACAGUUUGAGCACAAUGAACACUGUUAAGUUUGGAGAAAGAAGGAGGAUGCUUGUUCAACCUAACUGAAGUAUGGGGGUGGCAGUGUCAUGUGGUGCUGUUUUGCUGCAAGAAGAACGGUCACAUUUCAUAAAAUAGAUGUCAUUAUGAGGAAAGAACAUUAAAUGGAAAUAUUGAAGCAAAUCCAAAGACAUCAACCAAGAAGUAAGAACUUGGGUCCAGACUGGUCUUGUCUUUCAAAUGGACAAUAACCCUAAACUUACAGUCACUUUGAUUUCAAAGUGACUUAAGGACAAUAAUGCCAAUGUUUGGCUGUGGCCAUAACAAAGCCCUGAUCUCAGUCUAAUGGAGAAGUUGUAGGACGACCUUACAAUUUCAAGCUACCUACAAUAUGGACGGACUGCUCACCAGUUCUGUCAGGAGGAAUGAGCUCCAGCAAACUAAUGUGAUAACUUUGUGGAAGGAAACCCAAAAGGUUUGACCCAAGUCAUGUAGUUUAAAACAGUUAUCCCUGACACUGACCAAAUGUAUGUUUGCAGUUUAGUAUACUACUGCUAACCCUGUCCCUGUUGAGAACUUCUCAGUAGAGUCCCUGAGCUGCCUGCUCUGUUUUUUAUGAUGUUGUUUGUUCACAAAUGUCCAUUAAUAAACUUCUGAGGUCUUUA